CCAAAGUGGUACGGUCUUGUGCAUAGCUGCGCGGGAGUGCGCUGUCGAGCUUCUAGACUGAGUCUCUGCAAAUAAUUGGGUUGUGUUGGUCAUCACUUCUAAGCAAAGUCAUGAGUGAAAUAACACUAGAUUUUAAACCGGGGGAUCUGAUCUUCGCCAAAAUGAAAGGUUACCCACAUUGGCCGGCUAGGGUUGAUGAAGUUCCAGAUGGUGCAGUUAAACCUGCAAAUGCCAAACUUCCAAUUUUUUUCUUUGGCACUCAUGAAACUGCAUUUUUGGGUCCAAAAGACAUUUUUCCUUAUUCUGAAAAUAAAGACAAAUAUGGCAAACCCAAUAAGAGGAAAGGCUUCAAUGAAGGCCUAUGGGAGAUUGAAAAUAAUCCUAAAGUUGAGCUUUCUGAUCCCAAGUUGCAUCCUGCAGAGAGUGGAGAAAACAAUGAACCAAUAUCAGACAGUGGCCUAGAACUGCAAGAAGAACCAGACUCUGAAAUAAAACCACCAGAAAAGAAAAGAAGAAAAUCCAUAAAUGUCAAAGACCCUGUAAAGAAGGAUAUUCCAGAGACUCCUCCAGUAAAAGGCAAAAGGGGGAGAAAGAAAAAGAGUGAACUACUGGCACUGGCUCAAGCACAGGCCCAAGCCCAAGCAGAGGCACAAGCACAAACCCAGGACCAGGCAGGAAAAGAGGAGGUACCUGUCAGCCCAACUUUAAGUCCCCCAGUUCCACCAGUUCCCGAGGUGGUUACACCAAAAAAACGUGGUAGAAAACCCAAAGCUGCAAAAUUACUGGCUUCACCCACCCCUGAAAGUGAGAUUGUCGCAGCAGAGUUAAAUAAGAAGAAACAACUUGCAGAGAAGCCUUCUAAACUACUGAAAAAAACUGAACCAAAGAAGGUUGGGAGGAAGAGAAAGGAAAAAGAGGAACCUGGAACAGGUGAAAAGGAAGGGAUAAAGGAGCCAGAGGUUAAACGAAGAAAAAAUGCCAAAGUAGAGCCUUCACCUGAUGUGCAGAGUGAAACUGAAGAGAAACGAAAGUAUGAAUGGUUUAUGACCAGUACAAAGCGUAAUGUCUUGAAAACUCAACAUGAAACUGUGGAGAUGGAAAAAGAUGAUAGAAGGCGGAAACAAGAUGACCAAAAGCCAACAGAGCCGAGUAAAGAUGAAGGAAAAAAGCUUGACGAGAAGAAAGUGGAAAAGAAGAAAGAUCUAUCUACAGAAUCAAGACUUCAGAGGCUACAUGGAGAAAUUAAAAUCUCUUUGAAAAUUGAUAAUCCAGAUGUAAAGAAAUGUAUUGAAGCUCUCGAUGAACUUGGAACUCUGCAGGUUACAACACAGCACCUACAAAAGCAUAGUGAGCUGAUUGCCACACUGAAAAAGAUCCGCAGAUUUAAAGCAAGUCAGGACAUCAUGGAUAAAGCUACUAUGCUUUACAACAAAUUUAAGACGAUGUUUUUGGUUGGAGAGGGGGAUUCUGUUAUCUCUCAAGUUCUUAACAAAUCGCUCGCUGAGCAGCGGCAACAUGAAGAGGCGAAGAAAGGGGCAGUCAAAAAAGUGGAUCAGGCUAAAGAUCAGAGGACAGAUUCUAAGACAGUAAAUGGAGAUACAACUGGGGAAACGGGUCCUACACAGCAGGACCAAGAUAAAGAGACAUCCGGUGACAAGAAGGAGGAGAGUGCUGGGAAGAUGCAGACUGAAGAGUCCUCUGAAAAGCAGCAAAAAGGCACCGAAGCUGCAUCAAUAAAUUAAAAAUGAACAGUGUUAGGAUCUUCAAACAGAUGCCCUUAUGGGAGUUCAUUGCUUCAUCAAAGAAGUGAAUGACACCAGUGUGGUUUUUGUUUUUUUGUUUUUUUUUUCGUUUUUAUUUUAUUUUUUUUAUAUUGGACCUAUUUUGAAAACAUUUCACAUUGAGUGGUAAUACGUGCCCAUAUUUGAUAGAAAGCCAAAAAUAUGUAAAUCAAGGUUUUAAACCAUGUCUAUUUUAUAUUAAAAUGUGUUUUAAAACUGGCUGUUUUUUUUUUUUUUUUUUUUUUUUAAUGAAGUGUUCAGUUUUCUUAUAAAUUCUGACAUGUGCUGUUGGUCUCUGGAUUCUUAAUGCUUUUACUUAAGAGUCUCAGUUGUCAUGGAUCUUGAAACGAGCUACCAUUUCAGCUUCCACUUGCUUGGUUUUAAGCUUCACAUGUCAGAGGUGAACUGCAAGUGCUAAAGCUCCUUAAGAAAAAUUAAUAAACCUCAUAAUUCUGUUUUGUAGGUGUAAUACUGUUAGAAAACUGAACUUUUUUUAUUUUUUAUUAAUGUUGUCUCUUUGUUUAAAGUGAUUUAAAAUGUUUUCAUGUUCUGCAGUUUAGUUUUAAGCUUCUAUGUUUUGUUGUUACCUUUGCUAUGCAGGGUCUUGUAUUUUUGGCUGCAGUUGAGACUAAACCCGGGAUAAGACCUUAAAGAAGGCUGAUGGUUCUCAUGGGAGGUUUCUGGCAUCCCCUACUUUUACAAAUUUGAGAAAGCUAUGCUGUACAUGUGAAUGAAAAAGGUGGAAAUGAAUAACCGUCGCUCUGCCAUCCUGUACCGGGUACUGCAUCUGUAUAGCCAAGUUUUGUUGAAUGAUCUGUGAUGUAACUUACCAUAUUAAGCUUCAUGCCAGAGUGCUAAUGUUUGUAAUGAGGUACAUCUGUGGUUUAUUUUUGUAUUUUUAAAGAACAAAUUUAACAGGAACGGUUUUGUCUAUUUGUGUGUUUGUGUUUUCUCUUAGUAUAGAUGUACAUAUUUCUUAGAACUACUGCUCUUAAUAUACAGUACAAGAAGCCUUUUAUAUAAUUUGAGUAAAGUCAAAGGGACAGUGCCAACGAUUUCCUUUGAAAGCAUGUUUCGGUACCCCUGCCAAUUCCCGCAGGUUAUUUUCUUUUUCCCCUCUCUAGUUUUCCAUAAAGUUGGUUCACAUUUUGUUGUUUUGGCAGGGCUUGAAAAAUUAGCAGACAAGUCUGUGUAAAUAAUACCUGAUCUGCUUUGGGGUAUUUUAUGCCUGUCUUAAUCUGCUAUGUUUUUUUUGCUUCUAGUAAUAAAACCGUGAUUACAUAA